UCAAAUUUCUUAAAUUUACACUGCUUUCUUUAUCAGGAUGCCUGCUGGUGUGUCGUGGGGUCAAUACCUUAAAUUUAUGUCGUGUGCUUUACUAUCAAUGAUGGCCGGAUCUCAAUUGGUCCAUAUGUACUACAAACCCCUUCAAGAUUUAGAUUCAUAUAUUGAGCAGGAAAUGAAACAGGCCAAAAAAACGUAACGGAAAUUAACAUAUGCAUGGGUCUAUGAUUCCAAAUUUGCUGUAAAUAACGACUUAAAACGAAAAUAUAUAUAUGUACGCUUAUACCACAAAUAUUUUUUUUGCGGAAAACAAGAUUUUAACACAAAUGUGUCUGCAUAUACCUAUGUAGGUUUGAUAAAAUAAAAUACAUUUGCAAGUAA